GCCUCACCUUUGACAAUUCACCUCACCUCUUCUUCAGAAAAACACAAGAACACCGCAAUGUCGAUUAUGAGAAGCUCCAUCAUGCGCAGCAGCCGCGUCUCAGUUUCGCGACUUCUGCGUCCUGCGANNCAUCUCCCAGUCAUGCGCAGCUAUGCCAACAAGCAAAACAUGGACUCGACAGCCGGACAAGCCAGCCCCGGCACAGCAUCCAAUGUUGGCAACCCCGUCAGCUCCAGCCCAGAGUCGAACAAGAUCAACCAGUCGCGCGCCACCGAUGCCAGUACUGGGUCGCCAGACACAGCCAGCGUUCAGACACCCGUCAGCAAUCCCAAGGGAGCAGCCACUGGCCAGCAGGGAGAGGAUAGCAGUACACAGGAGGCUUUCAAGCAGGACCCCAAUGCUCCUGCUAGCGAGAAGAGGAAGAAUGUUGAGGAGAAGGGACAAAGACCUCUUGAUCCUGCCGACAAGUAG